AAUAUGGCAACUCUACAAAAGAUUGUAGUAAUGUGUUAUGUGGCAACUCUAAAAACUCAUUAAGCCUUUGUCAGAUGGAAUGCAACCUGGCCUUUUUUGCAUUUCCGUUUUAAGAAUUAUUAUUGUAAGCCAUUCUAAUCAGAAAGGAACAUAAAUAAAAAAACAAAUAAGCAUCCUUUACAACAUCAGGUGUGGGGUGCAUCUUAGUAAAGCAGCUCAAUGAUGGAUCUAAGACCUAGUCGCCAGACAAUGACUGAUGCAUUAAAUGCAGCCGGCAUCGAGUUCCCUUCUUCUGCGACGCUGAGCCAACUACGAGGCUUAUAUGAAGCGCUAAUGACACAACAAAGCAACCACGCUUUAAAACCAGCAAGCGAAGAGGAUACAGUGGAAGACAUGAACCAGUGCGCUGUCCAAGCAAAUACUGAUGCCGCUGAAAAUACUAUUAAGACACACGUUGUCGCAAAUCCUGCUGCACAACAGCAAACACGUGCUCUAGAUCAGUACGCCGUAGAAGUCAACACUGAAGUCCACGUGCAUGAUGCCGCUGAAACUGAAGACAAUGUAACUGCUGUCCCGAAGCCCGCUGUAAUUGCUGCCGCUGCCAGAAUGCACACUGGAAAAACUUAUGAUUUUCUUCCAGAUACCGCAUCUGCUACAGGGUCCGACGAAAUAAAAAAAUUACAACUUCGUUUACAGAUGUUACAACUACAGCAACAAAUACAGGCCCUAGAAGAGGGCUUAUCAUACCAAUCUCCUGUACGCAGAAUGGACUGGAUGGAAUUGGACGCUGCUGUUCCUAUAUUUAGCGGUGACGACAACCAAGACAUAAACCGCUGGUUCGUAGUCUUUGAAGAUUAUGCGGGGAUGUUUUCCGAAAAGGAAAAAUGUGCAGCCAUACGCCGACGUUUGGAAGGAACGGCCAAACAGUACGUUACAAACUUAGGCCUGUUACAAUUUGAUGACUUAAAAGCUCGCCUAACAAGAAUGUUCAAACGUACAGUUUCCCGGCAAGAGGUAUACAGGCAACUACAGCAAAGAAAUUUAAAGCCUGACGAGUCGUGCCUCAGCUACGUGGUGGCUAUGCAGUCAAUCGCUGCUAAAGCUGAUAUAGAGGAGCAAGAGCUAGUGGACAUAAUAAUUGAUGGUGUCCCUAAGAAUGACAACGCAGUCAAUAUGCUCUACGGCGCCAGUAGUAUGGACGACUUACUACGUCGUCUGGAUAGGUAUGAGUGCCGCCGUCAACAACGCCGCGUUCCGUUAAAGACUGUUACCGCAGCUAAACCGAUGCCUUCUGAAACCACUGGUAAUAAAUCGACUGAAGCUGAGGUCCGCUGCUACAACUGCUCGCAAUUUGGACACUACCAAAGUCAGUGUCAGAAGCCCAGACGUCCCCCGAAUUCAUGUUUCGUGUGUGCAGAGAUGGGACAUUUCCACAAAGACUGUCCGAAGAAGAAGACUGCAGUUGGAGCCAUAAAUAUUAAGGGUAUUGAUGCAUUCCAAUCGCCCAAUUAGUUGUAUAAGUGAAUCACUAGUACCGUUUGCAAUCCCUAUUAAUAAAACUGUACCUACAUUUCGCGGCGUUGGAAACAAAAUCAUAAAUAUAAUCGGUCGUGUUGGAUGUGACAUAUUUUUUCAAAAUAAAACAGUAGCGGGUGAUUUAUUUGUUCUGCCGGAUUCCGAAGCCAUAGUGCCACUUUUAAUCGGGCGUGAUGUACUUAAUAAACUUAAUAUUCACUUAUGCAGCAAAAAAAUUUCUUAUA